UUGUUUUAAUUCUGCCUUUGUCGCCGUUGUAGUCGUUUUCGCUGUCGCUGUCGCUGCUACUAUACUACAGCCGUUCGGAACGUUUUAAAAAGCCAACGCCUCUUAAGUACUUUGUCGUCGUGAUUUCUUGUUUGUUUAUUUGUUUUUUUUUUUUUGUCCAUGCCUAGUAUGAAACCUGUUCCCUAAAUUGGAAUGUAGGUAUACGAAUUUCUCUUGAGUAUCUUAUUUAGACUGUGGUACAAGCUUGGCAAAACAAUACCUUUUCGAAGACUUAUACCACGAAGACUUCUACCCGGUGGCAGGGGGUGUCUUAAUUUAGUCAGAACUUGUAAAUAUAAAAAAAAAACAAAGGCUUGAAAUUCAAGUGAAGAACGUAUGUGGAGUUAAUUGUGCUGGUGCGGUAUUUGUGUUGUUUGGGAUUUUUGUUGGCCAAGUGAAUUUUUUUAAAACGGUACUUUUAGUUGGUUCACAUAAAUAAAAAUGAACCAAUCGGACAUUAACGGUUUUUUUUUGUGCUUGUCUCAAAUGACAAUGACGGAUAAUGACCGAGAUCAUUUACUUUAUGCACAUUUAAACAAUUCGGCAUUAUAUCAUAAAAGUGAAACCAAUCAGGAUUAUGAUAAUGAUCAUGAUCAUGAUCAUGAUCAUGAUCACGAUCACGAUCACGAUCAUUCAGAUGGCAACGGAGUAGUCAUGGCUAAGGCAACAGCCAUGUUGGUGUUAUUUUGUGCCACCGCACUUUGCGGCGCAGCACCAUUCUUGUUAAACCGCCACAUCAAAGGAAAGGCAAACAAUACGAAUGCACGAUCGGCAACGGUAGUUAAAUGUUUAUUGUACUUUGGGGGCGGAGUGUUGCUGUGCACCACCUUUCUACAUCUGCUGCCUGAAGUCCGAGAGGCUGUUGAGGGCCUACAAGAAUGUGAGACUUUUCCAACUAUGGCAUUUCCUUUUGUUGAGCUUCUCAUGUGCUUGGGAUUUUUUUUAAUGUUCUUAAUUGAAGAGCUCAUACACACGUACAUUCAUAGAAAUAAGGACAUUUUGGAUGAGGAGACAGCUGCUUUCGAGAGAGGCCAUAGCGUCCGGCAUAGUCAUAUUAUGCGCCACAGUGAGACAUACAAGGAAGAUAAUAGGAAUCAGGUCUCAUGUUCGAACUACCCAAACACCAAUGUUAAUAGUAGUGCGAAUAUAAAAACCUUAUCGCCGCUAGAUUUAUAUUCUAGUGAUGUGGACAGUCAAAAGCAUCAACAUAACGAACACCAGCGAGCAGAACCAGCUACAUCAGCUGCAGUUACUGCACAACAACAUACUCAAACUCCCCAUAGUCACCAAAUCCACAAUCCCAAUUACAGUCAUUAUCAUCAACAUCAACAUCAACAUCAACACCACAGCCACAGCCACUUUCCCCUCAAACCUAAUGGAAAUGACGACGAUAUGAUAGCAUCUUCUUUAAGGGGGUUGCUGAUCGUCCUAGCCCUGUCAGUUCACGAACUUUUCGAGGGCCUUGCAAUCGGCCUUGAGGGAUCGGCAAGCAACGUGUGGUUUAUGUUUGCAGCUGUUUCAGCGCACAAACUUGUACUAGCAUUUUGUGUAGGCGUCGAACUUAUUGUAGCCCGAACCAGGACGUAUCUAUCAGUACUGUUUGUUUUCACAUUUGCCGUAGUCAGUCCGAUUGGAAUUGGCAUUGGGAUGUUAGUAAGCAAUCACAAUUCAACAACGUCCAGCAUUCCUUCGGCUAUUUUGCAGGGAUUAGCAUGCGGAACACUGCUUUAUGUGGUAUUUUUCGAGAUUUUGUCAAAAAAUCGAUCCGGAUUGUUGGCUUAUCUAGCACUUAUAGUCGGAUUCGGUUUAAUGUUCGGACUACAACAGCUAUUUUCUGGACAUCAACAUAGUCAUGGCGGAUGUUCGCAUUCACAUUCUCACACAGCAGAAAAUGAAAACGAAAAUUCAACCCAUUUGACCCCAUCCAAUGUCCAACAGCUUAGUUUAGAAAAACAAUUACAAAUUUUACGUGUCUACGAGUCUAGUCUCAAACAUAUUUUGAAAAAAAAUUAAACAUACAAUUCUAUAUCAAAAAUUAAAUAUAAAUCAGUGGGACACCCGCUAUAUAACUAUAUAUAAUGUAACGGUGCUUUCUUUUAGGCGACUAGUUGUCUUUAUCGGCCCCAUGAUGAAAAGUUGUUCGAAAUUACAAAACCAAAAUUCCAUGAAAAUGUAAGGCCUUGGUAUUAAAAUGCCGUAAUAUUUAUAUCAAGUGCUCAAAUUCCUUCAAAAUAGGACCGAAAAAAACAAAUAGACCCUAGUAUAUAUACUCUUAUAUAUGUAUAUAUAAAAAUAAGAGAUCUCGUCACAGAAGAACAACACAGGUUUCAGAGGUCGCAUUUUAAGUCAACAAAAAAAACUAAAGGGCUUAUUUUUUCGUGUUAAAACGAUUUUAACAUUUUUUUUUAACAUUUAGAAACAUUUUAUUCAUUCAUUUCCAACUUAAAACUAGUACAAUAGCAAGUGUAAAAAAAGGAAUAAAUAAUAGCUAUCAUUCUUUUACUUGAAAGUUAGUAUUGAAUGAUACAUUUGAAUGAUAAUUUUUAUAAGCUUUGAAGAACUUAUCUGUAGCUUUUUGUAUUUUUGAAAAAAUUUGAACCUUUUUAAUUUUGAUAUGCGAAAAACUGUUUUCUCGUGAUUUGCAUUAAAAUGUACAACUUCUUUAUUUUUAACGUUUUUGUUUAAUUUACCUAUAUGUAUAUUGUUUUAAACAUUUUUAAAGCUCUUAACAAAAUAAAUAACAAAUUUAUGACUGUUAAAGAAAAAAUUGUUAAAAAAACUUAAAAUAAUGCCGAAUAAUUUAACCAAAUUUUGUUAAUUCCUUUUAUUAAGAGCUCCAAAAACUUGUCGACUAAAAAUGACUCAGGAAUCAAUAACUUUUAACUGUGACUAGAUCUGUGGGACACCAAUUUAUGUACAAUAUUUUUGGUUUUGUUUAUAAAACUUGUUCAUAUAAAUCUAUAUUGUAAAUAUAUAUAUAAUGAUUAAAUUAUUAUUUCAACCCUU